GACGCAUGCGUUAGCGGACUUAGCUUAGCUUGUUUGUCUCACACACUUGAACUAACGUCUCAGUAACACCGUGGAUGUGAUGUUUCUGCCGUCUGUUGUUUCACAGUGACCAUUUGUGUCCGAAGAAGGACGUUCAGUCUGUCGGCGACCAUCGGGUCGAGGGGACGCGGCGGAACAAGCGUUAAUCUGCGGGGUGACCAUUUUAUGACAGCCGAUGCAUCAGAGCCAGAAGGAUCCAGCCGUCUCGCUAGCUUAACCUGGCUGGCUAAGCGUCACUGUCUGUCGUGGAUGGGUUCACCGCACGGGAGACUCCUGGAAGAAACGGUGACCGGUGCUUAAGAAACAAGAUGGACACUGCAGAGGAAGCGGAUAUCUGUCGCGUGUGUCGCUCCGAGGGGACCCCCGACAAGCCCCUCUACCACCCAUGCGUCUGCACAGGCAGUAUCAAGUUCAUCCACCAGGAAUGUUUGGUCCAGUGGCUGAAACACAGCAGGAAGGAAUACUGUGAAUUAUGCAAGCACAGAUUUGCUUUCACACCAAUCUACUCCCCAGAUAUGCCCUCACGUCUGCCCAUUCAGGACAUCUGUGCCGGCCUGCUGACCAGUGUGGGCACGGCCAUCCGCUACUGGUUUCAUUACACACUGGUGGCCUUUGCGUGGCUCGGAGUGGUUCCUCUCACCGCAUGUCGCAUCUAUAAGUGUCUUUUUACUGGCUCUGUGAGCUCGCUUCUGACACUGCCACUGGACAUGCUGUCUACAGAGAACCUGCUUGCAGAUUGUCUACAGGGCUGCUUUGUUGUUACCUGCACGUUGUGUGCAUUCAUCAGCCUGGUGUGGCUCAGAGAACAGAUAGUCCACGGUGGCGCCCCCCAGUGGUUAGAGCAGCACCAACCACCUCCACCCAAUGCUGCUGGGCAAGCCAACGAGGCACAAGCUGCAGGUCAGGCGGCAGCUGAUGAGCCACCUGCCGCCCAGCCCGCCCCCGCGGAUCCUCCAGCCCAGAAUGAGGCUGAACCUGAGCCUCCUGAUGUGCCCCCAGACCAGGGCGAUGACCCAGAGCUGGAGGAAGAAGAAGGAGCGGCUGCUGAAGAUGCUGACCCCAACAAUGGAGCACAAGAUGACAUGAACUGGAAUGCUCUGGAGUGGGAUAGAGCUGCAGAGGAGCUCACCUGGGAAAGGAUGCUUGGACUGGAUGGAUCACUGGUAUUUUUGGAACACGUGUUUUGGGUUGUGUCUCUAAACACACUCUUCAUCCUGGUGUUUGCAUUUUGUCCUUAUCACAUCGGGCACUUCUCUGUCGUCGGUCUCGGCUUUGAGGAAUAUGUACAAGCUUCUCACUUUGAGGGCUUGAUUACAACAAUCGUGGGCUACAUACUGCUGGCCAUGACGCUCAUCCUGUGUCACGGACUGGCUGCGCUGGUCAGGUUCCAGCGCUCUCGGCGUCUCCUGGGAGUCUGCUACAUCGUUGUCAAGGUUUCUCUCCUGGUUGUGGUGGAGAUUGGAGUUUUUCCCCUGAUCUGCGGCUGGUGGUUGGACAUCUGCUCUUUAGAGAUGUUUGAUGCCUCGCUGAAAGACAGAGAAUUAAGUUUCAAAUCGGCACCUGGUACGACGAUGUUUCUUCACUGGCUGGUGGGAAUGGUCUACGUCUUCUACUUUGCUUCUUUCAUCCUGCUGUUGAGAGAGGUGCUGAGGCCGGGAGUGCUGUGGUUUCUGAGAAACCUCAAUGACCCAGAUUUUAACCCGGUGCAGGAGAUGAUUCACCUGCCCAUCUACAGACACCUGCGGCGGUUCAUCCUGUCGGUGGUUGUCUUCGGCUCAAUCGUCUUGCUCAUGCUGUGGCUCCCCAUCAGGCUGAUCAAACUACUGCUGCCGACCUUCCUGCCGUACAACGUGAUGCUCUACAGCGACGCCCCUGUCAGUGAGCUGUCUCUGGAGCUGCUCUUACUCCAGGUUGUUCUUCCCGCUCUGCUGGAGCAGGGACACACUCGCCAGUGGCUGAAAGGCUUGGUUCGAGCCUGGACUGUCAGUGCUGGAUAUUUACUAGACCUCCACUCCUACCUCCUUGGCGAGCAGGAGGACAAUGAUGCCAACCAGCCCGUGAACAACAACAACAACAACAACCCCCCUCAUGGCCAUCACAACAACAACAACAACCCCGCCCCAGCUGUUGGCGAAGGGCUGCAUGCGGCCCAUCAGGCUAUCCUGCAGCAGGGGGGGCCGGUGGGCUUCCAGCCCUACCACAGACCUCUCCGCUUCCCAUUCAGGAUUGUGUUACUGAUUGCAUUCAUGUGCAUUACUCUACUGGUGGCCAGUCUGGUGUGCUUAACGCUACCAGUCUUCACCGGCCGUUGGCUGAUGUCCUUCUGGACAGGCAAUUCCAAAAUCCACGAGCUGUACACUGCAGCGUGCGGUCUGUAUGUCUGCUGGCUGUCUAUACGCGGAGUCACUGUUCUGCUGGCCUGGAUGCCACAGGGACGCACAGUUAUCAUACAUAAAGUCCAGGAGUGGACGCUCAUGAUCCUGAAGACUCUGGUUGUGGCCCUGCUGGUGGCCGGAGUCAUCCCGCUGCUGCUGGGCUUGCUGUUCGAACUGGUCAUCGUGGCUCCACUGAGAGUCCCACUGGACCAAACACCUCUCUUCUAUCCGUGGCAGGAUUGGGCUCUCGGAGUGCUACAUGCCAAAAUUAUUGCUGCCAUCACUCUCAUGGGCCCUCAGUGGUGGCUGAAGACUGUUAUUGAGCAGGUGUAUGCAAAUGGAAUCCGCAACAUCGAUCUCCAGUUCAUCAUCCGCAAACUGGCUGCUCCCGUCAUUUCUGUCCUGCUGCUGUCUUUGUGCGUGCCGUAUGUGAUUGCCGCAGGGGUGGUGCCUGCUGUCGGAGUUACCCCUGAGAUGGAGAUUCUGAUGCAGAGGAGGAUCUAUCCCUUCCUCCUGAUGGUUGUCUCACUUAUUGGAAUACUUUCCUUCCAGAUCAGACAAUUCAAACGCCUUUAUGAACACAUCAAGAAUGACAAGUACCUGGUUGGCCAGAGGCUUGUCAACUAUGAACGGAAAGCUGGGCGAACGAGCUCAGUUCCCCCCUCCAACCCCGUCGCAGAGUAAACUUUUGUGUCACAAGUUGCCACAUUUUUUGCACCUGUUGCCCUGCGUACACCCUGUCCACUCCUCAUCCCAUUUUUAUCUUUUUUUUUUUCGAUUUCCAACUCGAUCGUCUGACCAUAAUCCUCCUGAAUCUUCUGUGGAUCUUGGUGGACCGGAUGUUUAUCAGUUUCCGUUCAUGCUUGUCGAGUGUGGAAUGGGAAAAUGUAUUAUAAUAUGGGACAGCUGAGUAAUGCCCUUGGAUGCAUGGAGGACGCAGGAGAAUUAAAGGUUUGAUUUGGAGCUCAACAUCUGUAUUGUCAAUCAUGCCUUGCUUUGUAAAGUGCUGCCUGAUAAUUGUACAUGUGUAAAUACUUUGAACGCAGACUUUGUCUUAAAAAAAAAAAGAGGACAGUUGUGGAUUAAUGCAAUGACCAUUGUACAUCUUAAAAGUGUAU